GGUCAACUUCCCUUAGACCUAAGAGCCCUGGUGUCAUAGGGCCACUAGGACACCAGGCUUGUGCAGAGACGUCUUGCUCCGAACUUCAAGUUAGGAGACAGCGUGCAGAAGAGAUGCUGGUCAGCUAGAGGGAUCUCAGCGUCCCAGGUCCGUGGUGGCUUUUCCCUCCUGGCUCAGGGGAUCAGAUCCAUCCAAAUCGGACCCAUCCUUGGAGAUGAAGCCCGCAGGCUCUGACCCCACGGCCUCCCCGGCGUCCGAGCCCACCUAUAUGUCUCUUGGCCCUCCGUUUCCCUGGCCCUGCCCGCCCGACGUGCGGCUCUGCGGCCACCUGCGGAAACAGAAGUCCCAGCGCCGACGCUUUUUCGUGCUUCGCGCCGACCCUCCGCGCCUGGAGUGCUACGAGAGCCAGAAGAAGUUUCUGGCCGGCGGCUGCCGCCCUCCGCGACCCCGGCGCAGCGUGAGCCUGGAAGGUGCCUGUACCAUCAGCAAGCGCGCGGAUGCCCGCCAGCGCCACCUGAUCAUCGUCUACACCAGCGACAGCAGCCUGGGCGUGGCGGCGGCCAACGAGGCGGAGCAGCAGGCCUGGUACAGCGCCCUGCUCGAAGUGCGCGCUGCAGCCGCCGCCGCUGCGGCAACUGCUGCAGCAGCUUUGGGUCCCUGCUCCCAAGUGGACCCCGAGUCUUGGAUCCUCGCUCCGUUCCAAGACGUCUGGCCGGUGACACUGCGGCCCAAGGGGCUGGGGCGAGUACGAGGCCUGAGCAGCGGUGGCUACCGCCUGUGCUUGGGCUCUGGAACCCUGAGCCUCCUGCGCAAGCCUGGGAGCAAAGGGUCCCGAGACAGCCGGGCAUCGCCACCGUCACCCGCCCUGCGCCUGUCCUUGCUCAGCGUGCGUCGCUGCGGCCACGCAGACUCUUUCUUCUUCCUGGAGCUCGGGCGUUCGGCGCCCACCGGUCCCGGGGAGCUGUGGCUGCAGGCGCCUGAUCCGGUGGUGGCACAAAGCAUUCACGAGACCGUCCUGGCUGCUAUGAAGAGACUCGGGAGGAAUGCAACCAGUGGCAAGGCUGAGCUGCUGACCCGAGACCCCCCAAAGACAACCUCUACACCCCCUGUCCCCACACCUUAUGAAACCCCUGCUUCCGCAGCACAAAUAAGAAUCAGAGAGCAGAGAGCAGAGCAAGACUACCUCAAGACCCUGGAACGGCUGGGGGCAGCACCCCAGUACCCCAAGGGGUUGGAGCAGGGCAGGGGCUAUAUCUCCAUGGGAGCCAGGGCCGACUAUGUGCACAUGGGGGGUGGAGAGAUGAGUGACUACAUGAUGAUGGCACCCCCAGAACCUCCUCCCAUCCCUGCCAGGGUGGCUUCUGUUGAGCCACUGGAGGACCCUGAGGGCACAGAGUACAUGCCCAUGAACAGAUUUUCACCAAGGCCCUUACCCUCCAAGUUCAAGGCCAGGGAGCCUGAACCCGAGUUUGGGGACAUCUACUGCAGCAUGGGGGACAGCUGGGGACCUAUGGAGUCUCAGCCCUGCUCUCCGAAGCUGGCAGACCUAGCUGGGGACUAUGAUUACAUCCCAAACUAUGUAGGAAUAGGUACUGCCAGGCGGGAGCCUCCAGACAGCUGCCUCAACUACGUGGACCUGGACCUAGUUCCUCCUCUGGAGGUGUGUGGCAUGGCCCCCAGGGAUGGUCCACAUACCUAUGCCAGCAUCAAGUUCUAGAACCUUCCAGAGUUGUUCAGAGCUCCUAAAGCAGCGGUCUCAAGUCGGCUGUAGUCAUGCCAUGUAUGAAGAUACCCAUUUGGAUAGCACUGUCCCCGUGCAGGUUGGCAGCUGGAUGUCUUUGUGUGUCUCCUGAGCCAAAGAGCUCCCCUACCCCACCCUUUCCAGCCAGCACUGAAAUCCUGGAGCCUCAGCACAAAAGGGAUGGAGGAGCACCAGGGAUCAUGUCAGUAUCCCCCAAAGUAACAGGGUCUCUCCUGAGUCAGCUUUCUCUGAUGCCAGCCAGGCUAACCCAGCCCUCCUUUCUCCCAGGCCAGGCAGAGCUAAGUUCCUAGAGCCCAGCCCUGUACCCUGACCCACCCAUUAAAGGUGCUGGAUUUCC